UGCAUCACGUGACCUGCUCUACGUCUCGGCUGUAGUAGGUGUAGCGUAGCGUCAACGCGCUACCAGUCAGUGCACCAUGGCGACCGCGGUAGUAGCUGUAAUGCCUCUGUGAGGGGACGGUGACUGCGUAUCUCGCGACGUUUCUUGGGUAGCAUCGUUGCCGAAGCGGUUUCCACAUCGCGUCCAUCGUUACGAGUCGCGUCGCAUCGCUUCGUUUCGCUUCAAUUAACGCGGCAUACACAGAUUUAAUAAUAAAUCGAGGACUAUAUAUAUACAGUGGAUGGAUUCUAACUCUGAGUUCAGUAAGAGAGUUCAGUGUCUCAUCGAAUUCUAAGCGAAUGGAUUUCCGUUAAAUUAGGAAACCAAACUUUUUUACUCUAAUCAGGGAGAAAGAAGAAAAAGAAGGCGAUUUAAAUUACCUAAUAUCGAAAGCAUAUACCGAAGAAUGCAACGGUUGUGGAUUUCGCUGUCGAUCCUGGCCGUUCUGGCUAGAGCUCUUCCAGAUGACAGAUUCAACCAAACAUCAAUUUAUUACACAAUUCCAAUAAACGAGAGCGAGACAAACGGCAGCUGGAAUAAUGGCGGUCUUUUCGAGGAGCAUGGUGGCCGCAUUAUUCGAGAUCAAAAAGUGUUUGAGAGAUCGAAGAGUCCUUACUUGCUGCGAGAGGAUUUGUUUAUUGAAAAGGACGCCAAACUCAUUAUAGAAUCCGGCGUGGAGAUUCGUUUCAGUCCGAUGAUCGGCAUCACUGUCCGCGGUAUCAUAACCGCCAAGGGCGAAGCACACAUGCCAAUCUUGCUGACUGCAGCAGAAACGCAAAUUCCAUCUCUUCGAACAUCACCCACGAUACGCCUUGUCGACGGACCGAGUCCGCUAGCGGGAAGACUGCAGCUCUUCCACAAAGGUGGCUGGCGUUCCGUCUGCACAAACUCGCGAAAUUGGACUCGCACAAAUCUAGAGACAGCAUGCCGGCAGCUCGGUUAUCAGGGCGGACAAUGGUGGUCAUGGAUCGACAGACAAUGGCCCUCCAAACCGCGUCUUCUUUACGAGGAACCAGGCUGUCGUGGCACCGAACCCUCGCUAACGACUUGCGAACAUUGGUCGGAGAGAGAAUUGGGUGCCGGUGUUUGCGAUUAUCAUCCUGAUCUGGGUAUUUCUUGCCUGCCUCGCCACGAUGGUGCGAGCAAGGCGAUCAAGCAUUGGCGGGGGAUACGAUUCGAGAAUGCGGUGUACGAUAAACAGAAACUCAUUCAACAAAACACACUUUACGUGCGUCAAUCUCUGUCCAUUCUACGGAACACAGUGAUCGAAUAUGCUGGAACCGGGAGGGAGUACAAUAUAACUUCGGCGAUUCAUGUGGAAGGCGUUCCACCGAUAAUGGAGUCAAUUUCUGUUUUGCAUUCUGCCUUCACGGGUAUCAACGUCACUACGUCGGACGCAUCAGUAGUAAUAAAUAAUUGUACUGUGCAAUAUAACAGAGGAUACGGGAUUUAUGUAAAUAGCUCAUCCGGCAUGGCGCAUAUCAAUAAUUGUACAGUAUCCGAAAACGGAGCGGACGGAAUAAAGUACGUGCACGCGGAUGAGCGGCCAGACGAUAAGCUGGAGCGUAAUGACGUGUACGAUCUAUGCACCUUUCCUUCAACGGUCAGUCAAACUUUUCCCAUCACUAUAUCAAUGCAACAGAAUAAAUACGCACCCAACGUAAAAGAAUGUCCACAACAAAUCUUCACAACGCUAGGCUAUGUCCUGACAGUGCAUUUCUUGCAAAUGAAAACCGAUAGGAACGAUAGCGCCAUCAUAGAGGUGUAUGAUGGAACGGUGAGGCUUUUAGCUACUGUCAAAGUCAGAAACGGGACUUUACCGCAGAGCGUGACCUCAACCGGUCAUAAUCUUUUUAUAAAGUUCAUAGCUGAACCCCGAACUAACGCACUCGUGUUUGUGCGAGUAUUAUCAGGUUACAAGAAAACGUAUGAUCUCAAUGUGACCGGUAGUACAAUAACGAGUAAUAACGGUCGUGGUAUCAUCGUGGAAAAGCUAAGAUCCGCCUUGCACAUUCAUGAAACCUCGGUAUCAGAUAACAAUCACGUGGCAGGCGUACACGUGUUAGGUGGCGCGAUGGACGUUAACAUCACCGAUAGUCGUAUCGCGUACAAUCAAGGGGACGGUGUUAACAUCACUGUUACGGGCGGUAAUCGUAACGUGUCGCGCAGCAGUAUAUCAUCCAACAGCGGUUAUGGUUUUGCGGUGUGGCUCAAUGACAGCUUCGCCACCGAAUACGUACAUUUCAAUCAAUCGACCGUGAUCGAGUACUCGCAGAUAUUUAGCAAUAAGGACCUCGGCGUUCUGGUCGGUAAUUCAACCGGCAACUCGUACGUAAAUGUUACUGGCAAUUGGUUUAAUACCAGCUUUGAAACGGCGCUGCAAGUGGAAUCCAGUUGGAGAAAAGACAAUGGAUUAAUGAGAGUGCAGAUCGGACACAACUCAUUCAUAAGGAAUGAGAAAUUAGGAAUCAAACUGAGCCCAGCGCUUAAUCUCGACGCUAUUAUAGAGUACAAUCACUUUGUAGAUCAAGCAACCGGCGCAAUUCUAAUAAAAAAUCCACUUUACGAAGAGUUUAACAUUUUGCCCGCGCAGGUCGUGAUCCGACAUAACGAAUUCUAUAACAACCAAGGUACCUUUAUAGUCAGCAUCGGCUUAUCGCCUUACAACGACGCGCAAAAGUUACUGUUCACAAGAAACUUCCUAAAACAUAAUCGUGUCGGGGAAUUGUUCGACAACGGCGAUAAGCGGAAUGUCAAACUAAUACCGCGCUCCAGGGUAGCUGCUGUCGUUGUCGUAUCUUCGAGCAAUGUUCAAGUUUUCCGUAACAUCUUAAACAAUCUCGAUUCGCAGUACGAAAUUGGCUCUCAUCUGGAAGAUCAGAGUAAAGUUAUCAAUUGUACGUAUAACUGGCUAGGAUCUGCGGAAGAAAAGAUAAUAUUCAAUCGAUUAUUUCAUAGGAAGGACAGAUAUAAUCUCGCCAAGAUCGAGUAUUUGCCUUACUUGCUGCACAACAGCAAUCCCGGCGCGAAUACCAUUAUCCCGAAUCCGACAUUCGUACCACAAUUUAUCAACUCGAACGAAGUUGGAGGUGAGGUUGAUGGCCAGGAGGAAUUAAAAGCCGGAAAGUACAUUGUCAGGCGUGAUAUCAAUGUAAGACCAGGCGGCAAACUAAUAUUGCAACCGGGCGUUACGUUAUACUUCUCACCGGCCGUGGGAAUGAUGAUCGCCGGCAAAUUUGACGCGCGCGGCGAUGAGCAACCCAACGAUAUCUUAUUCACUCUCAAUGAGGAGACAUCAAAUAACGAUGAGAAUACGACUCAAGUCCAUGAAACAGAAUCCAUACCAGUGAGGCUUCUUGGUGGAAAAACGAAUCUUGAAGGGAGAUUGCAGGUAAAAAUUGGAAAUGAAUGGGGCACUGUGUGCAAUUAUGGAUGGACAAUUCAGGACGCAGCACUCGUUUGCCAUCAGUUAAGCUUUAUCCUCGACUUCGAGAAUUGGCUUAUGGAGCGAUCGCAAAUUCCGAAUGCAGGGAUCAAUGAGAAGAUACUCCUCAGCAAUGUGCGCUGUACCGAGUACGACAAUGAUAUAACUAAAUGUCGAGCGGAAAGAGAGCAAGAUUUUGAAAACUCGUGUACUCAUGAGAACGACGUUGGUGUCAGGUGUCUGGAGGUGGCAUGGGCUGGUCUCAGAUUAGGACCACUGGCUCAAAGAAGCGACUUGGAGUACGUGACGAUUGAAAAGGCAGGCUUGCUGGAUUACAAAACUAAUUCAUUUAAACCAGCUUUGCAAAUAGAUUUUGCUCGGCAUUCACUGAACGGUAUCAAGGUCUUGAACAAUCUGCAAGACGGUUUAGGAGUUCUGUAUUCAGACAUAUAUUCGGCAGACGCGAUAAACACUGUGACGAAUAGCCACUUCUCUCAAAACGGCGGGAGCGGCAUCAGUUUCAAGCAAUUAGGUAUGCGGAUUGUUAAUUCACAAAUCGAAAACAACAAGGUCGCGGGAAUAAGACACAAUCCCGUUCUCUCGGCCGUUCAGCAAAGAGAAUUCGCGGGAUGGUUCCUGCGAAAAUCGGAUACCACAGUCGACUCACCGUACAAUCCGAUAAUCUUGCCAGAAACGACCGAGAAUAUCGAACUUGCUAAUGGAGAGACCAAAUACAUUAUCACGACUAAAGUAACCAGUGACUACAUCCGUCGUAUCAUCAAAAUUGAAUGCAAACCAAGCUAUGUCAUCGGUAUCCAAUUAUUGAACCCGAUUGAAAAUCGAAGUACGGAACAAAUUAUAUUGCACGACUCGCAGCAUUUCGACAUAAAUCAGACGAUUUGGCAUGUAAAACGGGACCUGAGUGUUUUUCCCGUUUCGUCUAGUUCCUUUGUAGUACUUUUGGAAUAUGAUAGCGGUGAAAAUGCUCUUGGUGGAACUGUCAUAGUUGUCACGUCGCUCUCGGCUCCAAGACAGAAUAUUCACAAUAAAAUAGUCAACGGUCCUAUUCCUUUGCUAUCUGUCACAAAGACAAAGAUCAAGAAUAAUAAGAAAGGUGUGCUCACGUCCUACUACAAUCGAUACCUGAAUGAGAUCGGAUAUCAUUUUCUACGGAAAGCCAAUGAGACUAUUCAACUAGUCAAUUGCGAGAUAUCACACAAUCAUGAAGAAGCUAUUUACGUGCAUUCACCUUAUUGGAAUAUCUUCCAAUCGAACCUGUCCGAGAUCUCGAUACAUAUAAAUAACAGUUUCAUCACGGACAAUGGUAAAGGGAUACAUCAGUUCAGCCGCGAUGCAAGGCACUCCAACAAUCUCUUCCACUGGAUAAUGCAGGAUAACAUAAUUGAAAGAAAUCAUGGCGGUGGAUUCGAGGUGUUGUUACCAGAUGUCUGGCAGUACAACGAGAACUUCACACACUCUCUAUACUUUAGGAACAACACCUGGCGUAACAACGAACAGUUUGGCUUUGUAGUGGACGGACAUUUCGCGCACCUUAAUAUAUCCUGUAGUCAUUUCGACAGCAAUCGCUGUAAGACCGGUUUAAUAUCUGUGCGUGGAAUGGAAAAGAAGAUCAGAAUCGACAAUAAUUAUAUCGAGGGUAAUAACGGUGUUUACAUGGUUGAGUUCCGAGCGGACAGCCAGUCCGAAAUUCUCGGUGACAUUUACGCUCGCUUCUAUCGCAACGAGAUUAAGCGAAAUAUGUACGACCUCAGCAAUUUGGGAUCACGUCGAACGUUUGACGACCCUAGCUAUGUCGUCGGCUUCCACGGCAUACAGAAAGUACAAGUACAUAAAAAUCUCUUCGGCAAUAACUCGCUGGAUUAUGAGUUAUUGGCAGGUAUCAGGACAGCCAAGAUCAACAACGAAGUAGAUGUCAGGGAGAAUUGGUGGGGUACUGCUAACGACACCUCUAUCAGACAGAGGAUUUUCGAUUUCGACGACUGGAAUGAUCACGCUGUGGCCAACUAUCGGCCGUACUUGACGAGCGAUUCGUUUGAAGCGUCUACUUCCGCGUGGCGGCAUAUAAAUCGCGAGAUUGAUCUGAACAAUUUGGGCGGUCGCAUAGUAGACAAUCUCUCACUGUACGCGAGACCCGAGCCCUAUGUCAUACGUUCUGAUAUCACGGUUAUGCCGGAAGCUACUCUGCAUAUUUACCCCGACGUCGUAAUGGAAUUCGCUCCUAACGUUGGCAUCUUAGUUCUGGGAACGUUGAAAGCCAUUGGCGUACCCGGCCAUGAGAUCAUAAUGAGACCGAUAAAACGAAUUGACGCGAGCGCAAAUUCUACGUUUUCCAAACUAACGCCGAUGAAAAGUUCCACUAAUAUCAUGUCAAUACCGGACGAGACAAUUCGUUUGUGCAAGGAUGGACGUUGUUCCGUAUUGCAUUACGAAGGAUUCCUAGAGUACUUCAACAGGACGACCCUUCAGUGGAUCCCAUUGUGCGAUGAUCGGUUUACCGAGCGCAACGCUCAAGUAGCAUGCCGACAACUCGGUUAUGACACUCUCAACGUUUACGUAUCGUACGAUCGUAGAUAUGAGCUUCAUCCCGGAUCGUUGACGCGUGUCUGGUCUUGGCCCGAACCACUGCAGUGUUCCGGGAAAGAGAAAAAUCUCGAGGACUGUCAGAUCAGACUGAACGGUCAGUUGUUCGGUCAUCGUCAUGAGUGCCCGUGGAACGGAAACUUCGUCUUCCUGCAUUGCGGAAAGCGAAAUUUAGACGAUGCAUACGAUUACUGGGGCGGAAUACGUAUCGCGAACAGUGAAUUCGAAGCUCAUCUCUACGAACAUCGCAUUCACGACAUUGUGACUCAUGAAACAAUAAAGCGCGUCGAAUCGAUUCUCAAAUUCAUCAAUAUAACCGGUGCUGGGAUUUUACAUUAUGAGAAAUUGGCCGCUAUACAGUCGAUUAUGAAAUCUCCGGCAAUAGUGCACGUAAACAUAGAUCGCAGCGCUUAUCAUGGCAUAAAUGUCGUAUCUCCCACACACAUGGUGGAGUUAUUAUUCAACACAAUUAACAAUGUCCUCGGCAACGGCGUAAAUAUAUUAUCCUUGACGGGAGAAGGCCGCGAGUCGGAUGAGAGCACGUUCACGCCUAUUAAGGAUCUCAAUGUUCCUUAUCAUUUAUUCAGUAUGGUCGAUAUAUGCGAUACUGCAAAAGAAAUUACAAUCGAGGAGCGCGUGAUCGUAUACUACAAAUACGAUAAUUAUCCUGUGAAUUGCGUGAAGAUCUUCCGCAGUGCUUACAGAGCUAAACCGUUCGGAUUCAGGCUUUUGCAAUUUAAUCUUUAUAACUCCACUGGCAAGCCAGGCCGGCAUGAUAGUAUAACAAUGUACGACGGAGACAUUUACAAUAUCAGCUCCAAAGUGAUUGGUCAUUUGGAAGUUAAUACUCCUGAUGAGAAAAAAUUGUUUAGAACGCAGAAUCCUAGUAUUAGCAUUAGAUUAUUUGCUAACGGCGCUAGUAAUACGCAUGGAUUUAUCGCGGAAAUCGUAACUCUUCCGAUAUCUGCUAUUGGUUUUAAUCGCGAUGUACAGCACAACGUUUCUUACUCUUUGAUAUCGAAUUGUCGCGAAGGGGCCGUAAAAUAUGCAAGCGCCGGCGAAGUGAAUGCCAUAAUAACGCUCGAGCGUAAUCAGUUUGUGAAUAAUUGCGAGAAACUGUACGGUAACUUCACCACGUGUAAAUCUGCACUGUGGCUCGACGUCCAAAAUACGCAAUUGCUCCAUUUCAGAGUAAGUACCAUGUACGCUUAA